CUCCCCGUCACAGGGCGGGGAGAGGCACGGCAGGAAGUCGGUUCUGGUUCCUGGGUUAAGGCGCUCCGGCAGGAGCGAGCGCCUUGUGCCGGGGGCGGCCGCGGGCUCCGCGAGGCGCUCGUCUGUUAACUCCACCAUCUUUCCAGUGAUGAAACAACAUUGGGAAUUAUGGACAAAAACAUUGGAGAACAGCUUAACAAAGCUUAUGAAGCCUAUCGACAAGCAUGCAUGGAUAGGGACCAUGCUGUGAAAGAACUACAGCAAAAAACAGAAAACUACAUGCAGCAAAUACGUGAACAGCAGGAAAAGAUAGAGCUUCAAAACAGCAUUAUUGCAAAACUGAAAUCACAGUUGGCUGCUCUGAAUGCUAAUAGAGGUAGUGCACAUCCCUACAUUCUGAUGCAUGAAGACAUUGAAACAUUCAACUUACCUUUUAGCCAGCUCUCUGAAAAACUGAACAUAGCAAAGCAAAGAGAAAAACUAUUAAAGGAACAGUUAGAAAGUGAGAGCAUGAAAUUGAAGCAACUUGAGGACAAAAGCAAUCAAAAGGAAAGGAAGCUUUUAUCUGUUAUUUCCAACCAAGAAGAUAAAAUAAGAAAUCUGAAAAGCAAAUUGAAAGAAUUAAAUGAAGCACAAAAGAGUAUACAGAUGCCAAUGUAUAAAAGGGAGGUGAAAAGUAAGAAAGGUGUUCCAGAUAAGCCUGAAUUAUCUCUAGGGAUCUCUGGUAUUUCACCUAUGCCUGAAAGAGAGAAUCUAGAGACUAUUUUCCAGGACAUGAAAGAAGAGUGUCAUCGAAUAUGUAUGCUAGCCAAAGAACAAACAGACCAACUGAUUAAAUUUAAGAUAAAGCCAGAACCUGAAACUGAAAUACAGUUUUCCAUGCCGAUACAGUGUACUGAUAAAACUGAUGAACAAGCAGAAGAGCUUUUUAAGCCUCGGGUUAUAAAGGAUAUAAAUAGAGGUGCAUCAUGCAUCACAUCUAUCACACCAAGAGGAGUGGGCCAAGAUGAGGACAACAACUCUGUAGAAUCACUUUCUAAAUUUAAUGUCAAGUUUCCACCUACAGACAAUGACUCUGCUUUCUUGCAGAGCACUCAGGAAAAACCAACAGUUUCUUGUACCGGUAUAGCUGAAAACAUGCUUCAAGAUCAUCAUUUUAACCUGGAGCACAGAGACCGUGCUGCUAACCUCAGUAAACUGGAACCUAACUCAUUUGAAGCUCAUGGUAUUGAUCUCAUGACCUCAGCUUUACAAAGCUUAACUACUGUUGACAAAACAAACCCCUCAGAUCAUGCAAACGUGCCUAUAGAAAAUAUUCAUGAAAUACCAUGUUUAAAAACAACAGACAGUGGUUUCACGUUUGUACCUAAGCACACAAACCAGAGUGUACCUGAAGCAAUUUUUUCUUUAGAAGCUGCGGGAACAACCGUCAGAGGUCCUCAUCAGCUCAUUUGGCAGCCUCAAGACAAUGAUUUGCUGGCACAAGCAUAUGCAGACUCUGAACUGAAUCAGUGUGGAAUAUGUGAAUUCUGUCGAGAAAUUUUCCCACCAUCUCCAACAUCUAAGGAAGAUUUUCUUCGUCAUCUGAAUUCCCACUUUAAAGUACAGUCUUAAUGUAUGAGAAUUCAAUGGUUCACUGGUUUUGCAUACUUUUUUUUAUUCAAUAGAUACGCUAAGAAUUUAAGAAUUAAGACUUCUUGUAACAAGAACUCAUGACUGAAAUUAUUUGUCAGAUAAGCACAUUUUUAGUUGUUUUUUGACAAGGUAAAAUGAAACUAAGUCACUCAGUACUGUAAUGCACAUUAUUGCUUGUUAUGCUUCCGUAUUAACUUCAAGAGUGAUGUCAAACACUUUUUUUCCAAAUUAAUCUUUGCCUGAUAGGUCCAAAGUCAUGAUUAUAUUUAUGAGUAUAGACUUGCAGGAUUAAUGCCUUAAUAUGACUUGCAAAACUGGUGUAUUUUCACAGUAUCCAAUUAUGUGAUUAUGUUCCCCUUGAAAUAAACAGGAAGAGAAGUAGGCUCUCAUUUUUUAUUUCUUUUAUAAAAUUUCCAAUUUUAACUUCAAAUAGUUAACCUCCUAAUUCAGAUUCUUAUAAAAUUAUCAUGGUAACCUAAUGCCAGGCAUGCCAAAAUUAGAAUAGCCUUGUUCACUAGUAACGUAAAUGAAUGGCUGACUUUUCCAGAACAACUGUUUACUAGAGAGAGUAAUCAAAAACAGCACAUAAAUGAUCUUUUUUUCAAAAUGUAACAGUACUGAUUUUAUGAAUAUCUGUUACAUGUUAUUAAAAAAAAAAAUACUUGUCUUGUUUGCGUACCUUUCUAGCAUUAAUAAUUACUAAAAAUGCUUUCAGGAAAAGGAUUAUAUUAGUAUGAAGGAUAGAAAAGGUUAAACUUUCCCUAAAAUUAAUAGUACCAAAGAUUAUUUGCCUUUUCUUCUGGUCUGCUAUGAAUGCUAUCACUCAAGUCUGGUGCAGACUAGAAAGCAAAGGCAAAAACCUAAUCAUCCAAAUCUCAGUGACUUCAUUUUUAAUGUGAAUAUGCUUAGCGGCUUUCUCAAUGCAAUUAAAAUUUGUGUUUAGUUGAAACAUUGCAGUCUGAUAAAGUUUGCACAUUUUUUGGAUUUCUUGAUAUCAAAAAGUAGGGGGGUACCAAAUAUUUUAAAUUAAUGAUAAAGGUUGCUUGCUUUUUGUAUUUGAACUGAAUAUGGGGUUUAGUCCUGAUAUUUGAUAAUUAGCAUUAAGAUUUUCAUAGCAGCAAAGCACAACACUUUCUCUUUCUGGAAGAAUUAAUACCUGCAUAAUUUUAAAAAAUGGAUUUUUGGGCAAUUAUUUUCUCUAUUUUAAACAUGUCAUGUUUGUGAUGGGCUGUCAACAGAGUGUACUGUAAUAAACAGUGCAUGUCUGCUACA